AUGUGGCCACUUCGUCGAGGGGGUGGCCCACGCCGUGGCGACCUCGGAUCCGGUCCAUAUAAUGGACGACCACCUGGACCCCGUGGACCUACACCUCGAGUUAAUUCAACUCGGAUGCGGCAUCCAUCAA